AUGGCAAACGCAAGUGAUGACGAUGAAAAGGUAACGGGUCCCGUGGAAAACGCCUGGGAAUUGAAGAUACCAGAGUUCAAACCCGAAGACAAUCCUCAUGGUUUAUUGGAAGAGAGUUGCUUUGCAACGUUGUUUCCGCAAUAUAGGGAGCAAUAUUUGAGGCAAGUGUGGCCUUUGGUUAAGAAAACGUUAGGAGAACACCAUAUAAAAGCCGAAUUGGACGUCGUGGAAGGCACCAGAGAUAUGAUAAAACUAAUGUCGAGAAGCGUGCCUUAUGAACAAGCAAAACGCGUGUUAGAAGACGAUACGGGUUGCGAUAUAAUCAAAAUAGGAAAAAUCACGAGAAAUAAAGAAAAAUUCGUAAAACGGAGGCAACGAUUAAUAGGCCCCAACGGUUGCACUUUAAAAUCAAUCGAAAUAUUAACGAACUGCUACGUGCUCGUGCAAGGCCAAACCGUCGCCGCCUUAGGGCCUUACAAGGGCCUACAGCAAGUCAGAAAAAUCGUGGAAGACACUAUGAAAAACAUCCACCCAAUCUACAACAUCAAAGCGCUCAUGAUAAAAAGAGAACUAGCGAAAGAUCCGAAGCUCAAAAGCGAAAAUUGGGAACGAUUCUUGCCUAAAUUCGUCAACAAAAACAUCAGCAAACGCAAACAGCCCAAAAACAAGAAAGACAAGAAGCCCUACACGCCGUUUCCGCCUCAGCAACAAGAGAGCAAAGUCGACAAGGAACUGGCCUCCGGCGAGUAUUUCCUCAACAAGAACCAAAAGAGCGUCAAAAAGCAGAAGGAGAAGGAAGAAAAACAAACCGAAGCGGCCAAACGGAGGGAAGAGAGAAGGAACCAAGCGUUCGUUCCUCCAGAUGAACCGAGUACCUCGAAGAAGAGCUUUGCAGUGGCAGAUAAAAUCGAUGUGGCUUCGCUUAAAGAAAAAAUAUCCAAAGCUAGAAAGGGCACUAAAAUAUUCAACAAGAAAAAUAAUUAA